AACGGGUCUUUAUUUGGCAGGAAGUUAGCUUAGCUAGCAGCAAACCAAUAAUGAGGACACUCUGAGGAGCAGUUAGCUGCUUCUUGCGCCCUUUAAAAAGGAGAACCAUAUUUUUAACCUGUAAUUGAAGACAAGUUCAAAUCAGCUAUGUCUACGGCGGUGGAUCUUAAAACCAAGGAGGAGAAAGAUGCAGAAUUGGACAAACGAAUCGAAGCUCUGAGAAAGAAGAAUGAAGCUCUGGUUAAGAGGCACCAGGAAAUCGAGGAAGACAAGAAGAAGGCAGAGCAGGAAGGUAUCGCCGUGACGACGCCCCGGAGACCCCGAACGCAUGAGCCAGAGACGGACAGGCUGCGGGCGGAGAAGGAGAAGGAAAACUUUACAGUCACUGUGGAUCUUUCCAAGCCAUCAGCGGAAAAGAGAGUUGUAAAUGACUGGAAACCCAACACGCCUCGUGGCCGGAAGAAAUCAGAGGAGAACGAUACUCCUAAAGGUCCCAGCGACGGCCACAGCCCACCCAGGAGGACGGGGUCUGGAAGAGUUGGCCGAGGUGGUCAGAGAGGAGGGCGCCAAGAAAGGAGAGAAUGGGAGCCCAGGACCCCCAGAGAGGCAGAGCCUGGUGACUCUGGAGGCCCUGGACGCAGAGGAGGAAGAAGAGGAGGAAGAGGAGGAGGAGGAGGUGGUGGUGGAGGAGGAGGAGGAGGCGGGGGAGGAGGAGAAGGUACGCCAGGUGGAAUUGACAGGAAGUCCAAGGAAUGGGAGGAGAAGAGGCGACAGAACAUAGAGAUGAUGAACGAGGAAAUGGAGAGGAUAGCGGAGUAUGAGAGAGGACAGAGGCCGGAUGGAGAUAAACCAAUCCGUAACUUUUUGGACGACCCCAGGCGUUCUGGUCCCACUCCAGAUACGGACCGGAAAGAAGGCAGCAGGAGACACGUACGGAACUGGGGAGGGCUGGACUUUGAAAACGUGAAAACAGGAUCUGAACUGGAGAGAGAGUGGACUAGUCGUCGCCCGGGUCCAAAGGGCGGCUCUGUGGACAUGACGAUGUCGAUGACGGGUCGCGAGAGAGCGGAGUACCUUCGCUGGAAGAAAGAGCGUGAGCAGAUUGAUGAGGAGAGAUUAGCACGGCACCGUAACGCCACGGGCCAGUGGAGACGGGAGUGGGACGCACAGAAGACUGAGAACAUGUUUAAGGAGGAUCAAUACGUGGCUGCAGAGGGCGUAACAAGUGAGGAGGGUGGCAGAAGAGUGAGGGAGCGUAAACCGCAUACAGGGCAUCGGGGAAGAACCUCAGACGACAGCAAGCGGCCUCCUAGAGCGCCAACAUUUGGAGACUUUCUGUCCCAGGGCAGGAACCAGGCGCCCCGUGGAGACCGAAGCAGAGGGAGGGGCCGAGGACCGAGACAGAGUUACAGCAUGCAUGAUAACCGCUGGGAAGGAGAGAGAGAAGAAGAAGAGAAGGAAAAAGAGGACAAGACAAAGAGGGAGGUGAAACCUACCCAGAAGAAAGUUAAGAAAGAGGAAGAAGAGGAAAAAUCCAAGCUGAAAACGGAGGGAAAGAAGGUGGAGGAGAAGAAUGAUGGCGAGCCGGGAGAUGAUGAGGAUGAAUGGGAGGAUGCCAGUGAUGAAGAUGACGUCGGAGAAGAAAGCGACUCUGAACAGGAGUCCAGAGGGGGCGAGAAGAGAGACAAAAAUAAAGAAAGCCCCCCCACCUCUGCCAAGCAACAUUUACAGAAAAAAUCAGCAGCAGGCCCCAAGGAGCAGCGGACCCCGAGGCCGAAGGUCCAAAUCCCUCCUCCAGCGGCUCCUCUGGAGGCGGCAGACAGAGGAAAACCCCUCAGCCCAAUAUUUCUGGAAGCACACAAACCUGUUCGAGACUGGGGGGAGGAGAUGGAGAUGCAGUCACCCAGGAGCAGCAUGGGAGAGGGGAGCCCGCUGAAGCCCUCCAGCACCGAGUCCAGUCCUCCUCAGAAGAAGAACCAGGUGGAGGAGGAGAGCCCAGCUGGUGGCUCCAGUGGACCAAGAGAGCCACAGGAGGAGCAGACGGGUGGAGAAGCCAUAGAUGUAUCGUCUCCUUCAGUAAACCUCCAGGAGACCGUCACGGUAUCAGAGCCAGAAACGGUUACCUCAGAACCCCCUGCCGCACCACCCCCCUCCGUUCCCGUCCCGUCUGAAGACUCCGACCCUACGACCCGCUCUGAAGUCGAUGGAGCUGCUGCACCAGCUGACCAGGCUCCAUGUGCUGCUCCAAGAGAAGAGGAAAAGUCAGACCCCCCUCCAUCUGUUGCAUCCGCUGAGGCCGAGCAGAGUCCCCCAGAAGUGGCGCCCAGAGAAGACGAAGGGAUGGCUGCGGCUGGGAAUGAUGAUACUCCAACAGCCGAAGCAGAGACGUCUUCAGAGCCGACGGAAUCAGGUUGAUGCUGACGGGAGCAAAGAAAGAGCUGGGGAGCGCUACGCUGAAGGCACCGAUGAUUUUAAUCAUCAUCAUGAGGAAGAGUGAGGGAGCUUUACAUCCAGGGACCAACUGGUUGUUCAGAGCUUUGGUUCGAAUCCGUCUGUGUUCUGUUCUUCAUCCUGGCAUCAUUGGCAACAUCUCCAUCUUUUUAAUUAGUUUACUCUCAAUA